GAGUUUUGUAUGUAAACGUUGGAUAAACGGGAGAAAACAAAUAUUCAAUUUUUGUUGUUUAGCUACUCCGAAACGUUUUUGGUUUUUUUUCCCGCCAGAGGACCUGCAAAUAUAGUCCACACAACCCCUGCAAUAAUGUCCAAGUUCCCUUAUGCUCCAGGGCCCAACCUGAACCCCGCUGAGGACUGCAGAAGGACGAGGAGGAUCGUUGCAGAAGAUCCGGACUGGUCCCUGGCUGUAGUGCCUUGUCUGUCAAACCUCUGCCUGAGAAGCAUUUUGAGAAACUUUGAGGAAAAUCCUAUAUUUGAAGAACUUACACCCACCCAGAAAGACUUCAUUCAGGAGAGGCUAUCUCCUUCCCAGCCUCUGCGUGUGACAGCCAACCUGAUCAGCGAUGGCGUCUACUGGAAGCGGUGCUGCGAGCAGGAGUGGGACCUUUGUGAUGUCUCAAAUUAUGGCCACAGCUGGAAACGAAUGUUCUUUGAGAGGCGCAUGGAGAGCAUUAUUGAGCUUUUUAUUCCGGAUGUAACAGAACCUAAGACAGUUCUAGAGAUGGUGCCGCACUGUAGAAACUACGUCAAGAGGCUGGAUAUCUCCCAGCUGCUGCCUUCUAUCAAGGAGCCCCAGAAGGAGAAGGAGGAAUAUGGCUCGGAGUGGGCAAGUGACACUGAGUAUGACGGGCCCUCCAUGGACCACUUUGACUUUGGCAUCCUGCUCGACAAGCUGACCAGCCUGGAAGAGCUCCAUUUGGUGUACAGAGUCAAACAAUGUGGUAUGAACUUUGAAUGGAAGAUGUUUGAGAUGACUGACCGAGAUUGUGAGUCCCUCGCCAAGGCCCUUAAGUCCUGUAAAACUUUGAAGCUUCUGAGGCUCCAUCAAAGCCACGUUGAGGACAGAAAAUGCCGGCUGCUGGUGAAAUACCUUUUGGACCACCCGUCGCUGAGGGAGCUCGACUUUUCUCACAACCUGAUCGGAGACAGAGGAGCAAGAGCUAUCGGCAAGCUGCUCACCAGGAGUAAACUGGAGAUCCUGAACAUGUGUGACAAUGAUAUUAGAGAGCCAGGGGCCAAAGCUAUAGCUCAUGCCCUGUCCAAGAACUCCACUCUUUUGUCCCUGAACCUGCGUCUCAACCGUCUAAGAGAUGAGGGAGGCCAGGCCAUAUGUAAGGCCUUGCUGAACAAUAACACCCUCUGUCACCUGCACCUGGGAGGCAAUGAGGUGACAGGGCCUACUGCCAUCACUUUCUCUAAAGUGCUAUCUAACAAUAACUCCCUGAAGAGCUUCAAUCUCUCCUGCAACAACCUGGGUGACGAUGGAGGUAGAGCUCUGGAAGAGGCGAUGUCUCACAACAGCAGCGUAACAGAAUGUGAUAUCCGCCUGACCGAGGUUGAUGAGCAGAUCGUUUCCUACAUUAACCAGGUGGUUUGGACCAACCGGAGUUUACAACAAAAGAAACAAGCUGAAGAGAAGAAAACCAAGUAGACAUCAACAGCACCUCUUUUUAAUACACAGUCUUUAUUGGUUAUUGAUCCCUUACCUGUGUAUUCAUUCAGAACCACUGUAUACCAACACUGCAUCUCAAACCAAAGUUUAUAGCUAAAUUGAACCAAAUUUAAUCUAAAACAGAAAAGGUAUAGUUGAGUUCUACUGUUCAUAUAUACUGUUUCUGUUUGAGGAAAAGUACAUCUCGUGAGUUAAUAAUAAUAAUAAUACCCAUAAUGAUACUUAUUUGUCAGCUAGUGGCAAUUUGCUUCAGAUUUCUGUGUCCAUUUUGAUGUUUGAGAUAAUUUAGGAAAUGUACACAAAGUCUAGUAUCUAGUUUGGU